AUGGCUCACCCAAUUAAAGUUGUGAAGGAUAUUAAUGAGUCAAAGGAUUUAUGGAAGAUUGUUGUUAGGUGCAAGCAUUUGUGGACCGUGACGAGUGCAUCGAAAAAGGAACACAUCGAGAUGAUUUUGGUUGAUUCUGAGUUAGAUACGAUUCAAGUCAUUGUGCCACCCUUCUUGGUUUCAAAAUUCAAGGAGCAACUCGCGCUUGGAUGUUCAUAUGUAAUGCAGAAUUUCAAAGUGUCAAACAAUGAUUUCUCUUUUAAGUCGACUAAUCAUAGUUUCAAGUUGGUGUUAUGUGGCUCAACUUCUAUUAAGAAGGCUGAACUUCCUGAUAUUCCUAUGAAUUACCUGAACAUUCUUCAUUUGGAUGCCAUUGUUGAAGGUGAAUUCCAGUCUAAUAUUUUGGUUGAUAUUCUUGGAGGAGUGACCGAGAUUUCUCAAACUCAAAUCAAUGUUGAUAACAAAAAGAGCAAGGUUGUGUUUUCAAUUACUGAUGAUAGCAACAUAUCUAAAGUUCAAUGUACUCUUUGGGGUCAGCUUGCCAUUCAAUUUCACGAUUAUUAUAAAAGUCAUAAGGAAGAUGGAAGUAUAAUUGUUUUGCUUAUUAAUGCCAGGAUUAAGGAGGCUCAAGGAGGGUUUCCUUUGAACAUUUCUAACGCUUGGAAUGGCACAAAGUUGCUAAUUAAUGAUGUUACCCUUGCUGUAGUUAUCAAGCUCAGAGACAGUCUACAGUCUGAAUUUCCAUUACUGUCUUCAUCAAGUCUUCAAGAUGGAAAGCUCGUAUGUUAUUCCAAACAUAUUAUCCCAACGCCCGUACCAAGAUAUAAACUCGAAGUCUUGGCUGUUGACGGUAAAUACAAGGCCAGAUUCAUUUUUUGGGACGGAGAUUGCGUCAAGUUGAUUGGGAAGUCCGCUCUUCAAAUGAAAAAUGAAUUGAUAGAGGCCGAUGAAGAUGAUCCUCUUGAAUUCCCUUAUGCACUUGAUGCAAUUCUAAAGCAGGAAUUGGCUAUUAGGGCAGUUUUUCAGCCUAACAAAGGCAAAAUUUCCGUCAUUAGUUUCAAAAUUGAGGAAGAUUUCCGUAAGAGAGUCAGAGGGAGUUUCAGCUCGGAAGAGCCCACUUCAAAGCUUAUACCAACUGAGCCUUCAUCCCAAGAUGAAUCAAUAUCCUUUACUGAACCUUUAUCUGCUGAUAUUGAGAGUGUCCAAAUUUCCGCAGCCAAGUUAAUUAAGGAUAUAAAGAAGGAGAAGUAG